AUGGAUAACCACGGCCUCAUAGAAGUCCAUGGCUCGGCCCAGGCCAAAGUCGAUAUCGUAUUCAUCCACGGACUGAGAGGAGAUGUGUUGGGAACAUGGACUAAGGACGGAGUCCUCUGGCCAAAGGACCUCCUCCCGAAAGAUAUACCUGACAGCCGGAUCUUCCUCUUCGGUUAUGAUACGGGAAUCGCCCACCGAGACCAGUCAAGCGUCGCGAACACAGAAAUCCAUAGUGACGCCAAUGACCUCUGUGCAAAGCUAGCAGCUGAGCGAUCUAACACGAACACGAGCGACCGCCCCAUCGUCUUCAUCGCACACAGUCUCGGCGGGCUCGUAGCAGCGCAAGUCCUCGUGCACGGGGAGCAGAAGCCGGAAUCCUCCACGAUCAAAUCGAUCACCAGCAACCUGCGGGGGAUGAUUUUCCUCGGAACGCCGUUCCGGGGAUCGUCCUCCGCACGACUCGCCGAGAUCGCGCGAAAGGUAGUCAAGCUGUUCGGCAUCAACACGCAAGAGCACACCCUGAAGCUGCUAGGCGUCGACUCCGAGAGGCUCGACGAGCUGACGCGAUCGUUCGCGGAGCACCUGAACAAGCGACGCGUGUCUCGGGAACCAAAGGAUAGGAUAGAAGCGUUCUUCUACUUCGAGACCUUGAAGACUCGCAUGGGCGUGGGGUUGGUCCAGAUCGUCGAGCCAGACUCAGCACAGCUUCCAGGCUGCGGCGACAGCGCCCCCUUCAAGACCGACCAUAUAGGAAUCUGCAAGUUCCAGAAUGACAAGGACGAGGGAUAUAGCACCGUCGUCAACGCGAUUCGCAAAGCCAUGCUUCCCCUCGAGCCUGAAGCCGAACAAGGGCAUAAAGUGAUAAAUAUUCUUGGGAAGGCUGUAAAUGUAGUGCAAGAGGAUUUGAUUAUCAACGGAGACCAAAAUAUCACCAUGUAACAAACUAUUGAAUGAAUUAGAUGAGUUUCAUGAAAUUGAUCAACUUGUGGUUUUCAAAAACUUUUUGUGAUCGGAUCGAGAGCUGCUGUCUGCUGUUCUUAUUGGCCGACUGCAUUGAUCCGACCCGCAUAUACGGAGUUAUCGGUUUUCCGGAAAUAUCUAUGCCCUUAUUGGUCCGGGAAUGAUUUAGCGUCGGAAUUGUUGGGGUUGUUAGGAUGGAGGCUGGGAGCUGAAGAUGGAGAAAUCUCCCUUGACCACACCCAUUUGAGGAUAGACAUCUUGAGAUUAUUACGGAUUAUUAAUUACGAUUAAGUACAAUAUUCUUAGGCAAUGGGCGUGCAUUUCACAGA